UCUCUCUCUCAAUAUCAUUAAUAAUUGCUAAUUAAAAGUUUUCAUUUUUUUAUUCUUUUGGUUUUUUUUUUUCAUCCAUCACCUUCCAUUUAUGGUUCCUUCUAUUUCUUUUUCCCCUUUUUCCUUUGAUCUCUUCAUCCUUGUUUGAAUCUCUAUCUCUGAUCUCAGAAACCAACAACUAGAAGAAAAAAAAAAUUGAUUUUUUCUUUUUGGUUGUUGUUUUUGGUUGAUUGAUAUAUUCUGGUUCCCGUUUCUUUUUGAUUGGUUGCUUCAAAGAUCCGAUGCUCUUAGAUCGAAUUUGACAAAACCCCCCAAACUUCGUAUCUGAUCGAAGCACCAACUGGGUUCUGUCUGAAUUUUGAGAUAAGAACAGAUGGAAUCGGAUCUUGGAAAGCUCUUCAUUGGGGGGAUUUCAUGGGACACUGAUGAGGAACGCCUCAAGGAAUAUUUUGGGAAAUUUGGUGAGGUGAUAGAAGCUGUGAUCAUGAGGGAUCGGACAACAGGUCGUGCUCGUGGAUUCGGCUUUAUUGUGUUUGCUGAUCUUGCUGUUGCAGAAAGAGUAAUUAUGGAUAAACAUGUAAUUGAUGGCCGCACGGUUGAAGCAAAGAAGGCUGUUCCCAGAGAUGAUCAGCAAGCUAUAAAUAGGCAGUCUGCUAGCAUGCAGGGAUCUCCUAGUCCUGGUCGCACGAAGAAAAUCUUCGUUGGAGGUUUACCAUCAACGAUCACGGAAAGUGAUUUCAAGAAGUAUUUUGAUCAGUUCGGUACAAUUACUGAUGUUGUAGUGAUGUACGAUCACAAUACUCAGAGGCCAAGAGGAUUUGGCUUCAUCACUUAUGAUUCGGAAGAAGCUGUGGACAGAGUUCUUUAUAAAACAUUUCAUGAACUCAAUGGGAAGUUGGUUGAGGUCAAGAGGGCAGUUCCCAAAGAUCUUUCUCCUGGACCCAAUCGGAGCCCAUUGAUAGGAUAUAACUAUGGUUUGAAUAGGACAAGUAGCUACCUAAACAGUUAUGCUCAGGGUUUUAAUAUUAAUCCGAUAGGAGGCUAUGGCGUAAGGAUGGAUGGUAGAUUUAGUCCACUUUCUAGUGGUAGAAGCAGUUUUACCCCAUUUGGAUCUAGUGGUUAUGGAAUGGGAGUGAAUUUGGAAUCAGCAUUGAGUCCAAACUAUGGAGGAACUUCCAAUUAUGGGGGAAAUAUAGGGUACGGUCGAAUAUUUAGUCCUUUCUAUAGUGGCAAUUCAAGCAGGUACACUACUCCUAUUGGCUUUAGUGGGGGCAAUGCAAGAAGUGACACUCUUACGAACUCGACUUCUAGGAAUGUCUGGGGAAAUGGUGGCCUGAAUACUACGACUAAUAACCCCGUCAGCCCUGGUGCGUACUUGGGAUCAGGAAGUGGGGCUUUCGGUGUUUCAAUUGGAAAUAGUGGUACCAAUUGGGGUCCAUCAGUUCCAACGCAGGGUGGAGGGGCUGCUUCCGGCUAUGCUACUUGGAGCAAUGUUUAUGCCGGUGGAGAUAGUAGCAUAGGAUUAGGAGGAGGAGGAGGGUAUGGAAGGAACAGCGGCACAAAUGCGACCCAGUCCUCUACAUUUGCUGCACCAAACAGUGUUUAUGAUGGACCCUAUGGGGAGUUAUACCGCAGUGGUUCUGCUUACAAUGACUCUACUUGGCGGUCCGCUGCUUCUGAGGUAGAUGGUUCUGGUGCAUUUGGUUAUGGACUUGGCGGCAUUGUUUCGGAUGAUCCAGUGAAGAGUUCUGAGGGUUUUAUUGGGAACUACAAUGUAACAAGUAGACAAUCUAAUAGAGGAAUUGCUGCUUAGGAGAUAUGUUAAUUUGGAUAUGUCAUUGGUAACAGUAGAUCAAAGGAAACUGGUAAUGAGGUAUUUGUGAAUUCAUACGUCUCCGUCGUCACUUAAGGGAAAUAUCAGCAGAUAAGGGAAGUUAAUCAAUCAUAUAUAGCUAACGGUGUUCUUUUAUUUUGAAUUAUACAUUUUAAGAGAAAUCAGUUUACAAGGGAUGAUUUUGUGUUAAAGGUUUCGGUUCCUUUCUUGGAAUUUGAUUUUGAGGUGUAAAAUCAGAUUGCGGGAUAUAUACUCAGGGAAGAUUGGUUCCAAAUAGUGUAAUAGUUGCAUCCACAGAAAGGUUGCUUCAUCAUUAGCAUGUUUAAUGAUAGUGUAUGAAUUUCUUUAUUUUUUUUCUUAAUUAUUUUUAUAUUUUCUUCGUUUUGCCGCUGUAAUGCCUUGGCCAAUCUGUUUGUUCUUGUCACCAUCUUUUUACUUUGUGGGACAUUUGAUCAAAUUGUAAGUGAGGUUGAGCUUGAUUGAUCAAGUUUGAAACAUUUAGAGGGGUAUCCAUCUAGGAUCCCCCAUCAAAUAAUUAUGUGCUUGAACAGUUCUAUUA